CUUCCACCUUGCAUCACCAAACAACAACUUUCAUACUCCUAAUAGCUCUUCUGUCUCAUCUCUCAAAGCAUCAUUAUUAUCUCAUCCCAUUCCAUAUAUCCCUCUUAAACUUCAUAUUUUCUUCUAACUUCACACCAAAAUCAAAUCUUUAAAGAAAGAAAUGGACAAUAGCAGCAUAGAUGAGAGCACUACCAGUGAGAACUCUUUUGCAUCAUCAGCAGCACCAGCAUCAUUGUCAAAUAUGACUCUACCGGUGAAUAUCAAGUCGUCGCCAGAGCAGCAGAGCCUCUGCCGAGUUGGGAGUGGCGCAAGCAGUAUGAUAAUCGAUGCAGAAGUCGGCGUAGAAGCCGAAUCCCGGAAACUUCCAUCCUCAAGGUUCAAAGGGGUGGUUCCUCAGCCUAAUGGCAGAUGGGGUGCGCAGAUUUACGAAAAGCAUCAAAGGGUUUGGCUGGGAACCUUCAAUGAAGAAGAGGAAGCUGCUAGAGCCUAUGAUAUCGCGGCGCAACGCUUUCGCGGCCGCGAUGCUGUCACAAACUUCAAGCCCUUGAAUGAAGCUGAGGAAGAUGACGUCGAAGCUGCUUUCUUGAGCUGCCAUUCCAAGGCUGAAAUUGUCGACAUGCUUCGAAAACAUACUUACAACGACGAGCUGGAGCAAAGCAAGAGGAACUAUGGAUUAGAUGGCAAUGGCAAGAAGGGCUGCAAAGGUAUUGCUGGUCUACACUCGUUUGGUUCUCAGAGGACAACCAAAGCUCGUGAACAACUCUUCGAAAAGGCGGUGACUCCCAGCGAUGUUGGGAAGCUGAACAGGCUAGUCAUACCAAAGCAGCAUGCCGAAAAGCAUUUCCCUUUGCAAAGUGGGAAUACUUCCAAAGGCGUGUUGCUCAACUUUGAAGAUAUGGGUGGAAAGGUAUGGCGAUUCCGAUAUUCCUAUUGGAACAGUAGUCAGAGCUAUGUCCUGACUAAAGGGUGGAGUAGGUUUGUGAAGGAGAAGAAUUUGAAGGCUGGAGACAUUGUCAGCUUUCAGCGAUCAACCGGAGCUGAUAAGCAGCUUUACAUUGACUGGAAACCGAGGAAUGGAGCUGAUAAGCAGCUUUACAUUGACUGGAAACAGAGGAAUGGAGCGGCCGAGGCCGCUCCGGUGGCUGCCGGAAUAUCAAUCCCUAUUCAGCCGGUUCAAAUGGUUAGAUUAUUUGGGGUGAAUAUAUUUAAGGUACCAUUACCAGUUAAUGGUGUUGUAAUGGAUAGUAAUAGUAGUUGUAGUGGUAAAAGAGUGAGGGGAAUGGAGUUGUUGGGGUUGGAGUGUAGCAAGAAACCAAGGGCUAUUGGUGCUCUGUAACUUUUUUUUUUUUUUUUCUUUCUCAUGUAAUUGUUUUUGUUUUUUAGGUGGGGAGGAAACUGGAAAGGGGGGUGGUGGUGUUGUUGCAAGUUGCAUAGUUUCAAUUGUAUAUUACUGUUUAGAGACCGGAGAAAUCUGAAAUUAGGUGCAUGACAUGGUGGAACAAAUCAAUCCAAGAUACAAACGAAAUGAAGAUAGUGUAUUGUUCAAAGUUUUGAAGUGUUUUAGUAUUAUAUCUUACGAAUUUUGUGACUUGCAUUUAAUUAAUUACCAUACUUUGGUAGGUCUUUUUGCAUA